GCUCGGAGCACUCCCGGCGAUCAUGGACGCCAAGCGGAUGAAGGUGCCUGUCGAGGCCAAGGCGGAUAAGGAUAAAACUAAGCAGAAUGGCUCCACUCCUUUGUUCGUCGCAGCCCAGAAAGGACAGUUGGAGGUUGCACGGCUUUUGCUUGAGGCCAAGGCGGAUAAGGAUAAAGCUAAGCAGAAUGGCUCCACUCCUUUGUUCGUCGCAGCUCAGACUGGACAGUUGGAGGUUGCACGGCUGUUGUUGGAGGCCAAGGCGGACAAGGAAAAGACAUUGGAAGGUGGCGCCACCCCUUUGUACAUCGCAGCCCAGAAAGGACAAUUGGAGGUUGCACGGCUUUUGCUUGAGGCCAAGGCGGAUAAGGACAAGGCAGUGGAAGAUGGCACCACGCCCUUGUACAUCGCAGCUCAGAAUGGACAGUUGGAGGUUGCACGGCUUUUGCUUGAGGCCAAUGCGGAUAAGGAUAAAGCUAAGCUGAAUGGCACCACUCCUUUGUUCGUCGCAGCUCAUACCGGACAGUUGGAGGUUGCACGGCUGUUGCUUGAGGCCAAGGCGGACAAGGAAAAGACAUUGGAAGGUGGCUCCACCCCUUUGACUUUGUACAUCGCAGCUCAGAAAGGACAGUAG